AUGAAGGCCUUGUUUCUACCUGGGGAGGAAGUGCUAGAGAGUGAUGGAUAUAUAAGAGGCCAUGGAACACAGCUCAAAGACAGCCAUAUAGUGUCGACAUACUUUGGGAAGGUAAGGAUUACUAACAAGCUUGUAGCCAUAGAUCCCGUGUUCCCUAUGAAAUACACCCCGGAGGUUGGUAAUGUUGUUAUAGGUAGGGUUGUCGGGAUUCAUAACAAGAAGUGGAAGAUAGACCUAAACAGCAGAUCAGAUGUUUAUCUAGGACUGUCUGCGAUCAAUCUUCCUGGAGCGGUCCAGCGCCGUAAGCAGGAGUCCGACGAGAUGUCCAUGAGGAGCUUUUUUGAUAUCAACGAUCUUGUUGUGUCUGAGAUCCAGAAAGUCAAUAGAAACGGCACUGCAGCACUGCAUACAAGAAAUGAUAGGUAUGGGAAGCUAAGCAAGGGACUCUUAGUAUUUGUGCCCCACUUCCUGCUUGAACCACUCAAAACCAGGUUUCUUUUUAAUGAUAGCAUUAAAGUUAUUGCUGGAUGUAAUGGAUAUAUAUGGAUUGGGAGGAGGCAUGAGGACCCUGCAGAAUUUGUAGAGGUGGCCAAGGUUGUUUCUAAGGUGAAGGAAAUGGCAUCUCAGAAUAGAUCUAUCAACAUGGAAAAAAUACUUGGAAAGGAAGCACAACAUUAA